CUUUGCUAUGCCUUUGUUACUUCAUAAAGAGCGUAUACUUGUCAUCAUCUCGCUUUUGAAAAGUCUGGAGGAAGAACAGGCUGCACAGUUCCGUCAGUGGGGAAUACAGUCUGCAGAUGUCAAUGAAGACACAUAUGACGAGCACUUACACAAGGAGCUCAACGAGCAAAAAUAUAAUGCCAUCUUUGCUUCCCCAGAAAUAGUUAUAAAAAAUCCUU